CUCCGCCAAUAAAACCGGCCGCCACAUCUUUUGCUUUUCUGCUAAAGGAUUCAUCGACGGACAUUUUUUCUGCUUCUUGAACAAACGAAUGUCUAGAAAAGUAUGAGAUGGAAUGACAGUGGAGCAAUGGGGUUAGGAGUCCAUGACGCCGCUAUCGUGUGCUUCGAUCAGACAAGCGCACGUGACCAUCUUUUUAAUGGGUGCAAAUUUCGCCUGCGCAGGGGCCGUGGAUGCCCAAUGCGUCAAACAAUACGGGAGAGUUCGACACGUCUCAAAAAUGCAUCUUGAUUCAUUUCACGACAAUUCAGUCUCACCCGCUACUAGAUUAUGGAACGGAAGGCGAGUACGUUUGAUGUAGACUAUGCACUACGUAUAUUCUGACAAAUUAAUAUCAAAGACCGUACAAAGUUG